AUGGCAGAGAUUGUGAUCUCAAUCGUGUCAAAGGUUGCAGAAUACUUAGUGGCUCCGAUUUCACAUGGAGCUGCGUAUUUUUUCUGCUUUAAGCAGCUUAAUGAAGACUUCAAGAAAGCAAAACAAGAGCUAGAGGUGAAACUAGAAGAUGUGAGAAAGCGUACGGAAGAAGCAGAACGAAAAACUGAAGAAAUAAUGCCAUCCGUGAAGAAGUGGUUGGAUGAUGUGAAUGCUAUCCUAGGAGAGGUACAAAAGCUGCAACAAGAGCUUGAUCGAGGACGAAACAAUUGUUUCAAUGUGUCUGUUAGAUACUCAUUAUCCAAACAAAUGGAAAAUAAGGCUAAACAGAUGAUGGACCUCAAACAAAAUUCUGACUUUCAGCCAUUUUCCCAGGUGAUCCAACUUCCUGGAAUUACCUACUUCUCUUCCAAAGAGUUUGUGGAUUUCAACUCAAGGAAAUCAACUUGUAAUCAUCUUUUGGAGGCAAUUAAAGAUGGCACGAACAAGAUGGUGGGAUUAUAUGGUAUGGCAGGAUCAGGCAAGACGACUUUGGCGAAGGAAGUAGGCAAGAAAGUAGAUGAGCUAAAGCUUUUCGACAAGGCCAUCAUGGCAGUCGUUUCAAAACCCCCAAAUGUUUUGAACAUUCAGCAGGAAAUAGCGGGGCAAAUAGGCUUACAACUUCAAGAGUCAACUCAACUUACUAAAGCACAAAGGCUAUCAGAAGGAUUGAAAAAUAAGAAGAUUCUUAUAAUCCUGGAUGAUGUGUGGAGCAAACUAAGGCUUGAAGAUAUUGGAAUUCCAUUAAAUGAAGGUUGUUGUGUAUUGUUGACCACUCGCCUCCAUGAUGUAUGUGUUUCUAUGGAUUGUGAAAGUAUUAUUAAAUUGCCUCUCUUAACAGAGGAAGAGUCAUGGGCAUUGUUCAAGGUGUGCGUUAAAACAGCCAAUGUGUCAAUGAAUGAGUUUGAUAGCAUUGGAAGGCAAAUUGUUGAUGAGUGUAAAGGUUUGCCUAUUGCAAUUGUGACAGUCGGAAGCACAUUAAAAGGAAAGAGUAUUCAAGCGUGGAAGUCAACACUAAGGAGGCUACAACGUCCCCUACCAUUGGAUAUUGAAGAUGAUUUGAAGACCCCUUAUGCAUGUGUUGAAUUAAGUUAUGAUAAUUUGCCAAGUUCACUAGCCAAGUCGCUCUUCAUAUUGUGUUCUAUGUUUCCUGAGGAUCAUGAAAUCCAUAUAGAGGAUUUAAUUCGUUUUGGCAACAGGACUCUAAAGCUGGGUGAUGAUAUUCAUACAAUAGGGGAAGCAAGGAAUGAGAUUUUUGCAACUAUUGAGAAAUUGUUAGAUUCUUGUUUGUUAAUGAAUACCGAUUGGCAGGAACGUGUAAAAUUGCAUGAUGUUGUUCGAGAUGUAGCCUUAUGGAUCGCAAAGAAGCAACAUCAAGAAGUUUUGGUGGAUAGCCAUUCAAUUUCAAGCAUGCUGGUAAGCAACUGCCACAGAUUGAAUGAUGCGAAGGCACUCUCAUUGUGGAAUUUGGAUGAGAAUUUCAAGAUCUUUAAUAAAUUGCAUUGUCCAUCACUGGAGAUUUUGCUACUUCAACCUGAUGGGUUCAUUGAAGAUAUUGGAGCAAUAGAAACACUUAAAGUGUUGGCACUCAUAACAGAUGGCUUUCAAUGCAGAUUUUGGUCAUCAACUUUUUGCUCUAUCCCACAAUCAAUUGUACUGUUAACAAAUCUUCAAACCUUAUGUCUUAGAGGGAAACGAUUGGGUGACAUCUCUUUUUUGUGUGAACUCAAAGGAUUGGAAAUUCUUGAUUUGCGUGGUUCUCUAUUUAAUGAAUUACCUGCUGAAAUUGCAGACAUGAAAAUGCUGAAACUUUUAGAUAUAUUUGAAUGUGAAAUUAAGGAAAGCCCUUUAGAAGUAAUUGAAAGAUGUGAGCAGCUUGAAGAAUUAUACUUUUGGGAUAAGAAAUCUAUCAUCCCUGAGAAUUUCUCUCUUUCAAGGUUGAAGAGGUAUGUCAUCUAUGAUUCCACAUGCAGAAUGAUUGAUGAAUAUAUGGGUAACUCUUUCCAAGAAUAUUUAGAUAGUUGUGAUGAAGCAUUAAGAGCUUUAUGCAUACAAGGCUUCAGAAUCUUUGCUUUGACUUCGUCAAUGAAGGAUCUCAUUUUUGGGGCAAACCACCUUUGGUUAGAUAAUUGUUCAUGGGAUCAUAAAGAUAUAAAUUUUAGGAUAAAGCACCUCGUGGUAUCAUUCUGUCAAGAGAGAAGAUUCAUCAUUGAGAACUCUGAUAUGAACACUCUUCAAACACAACAAAUCUUCUCAGACUUGAUAACUUUACGAUUGUUUGAAAUGAAUAGUCUUGAACAGGUGUUUGAAGCUUCAUCUAUCAGCUACUCUCUCCCCAUGUUACAAGAGCUGUCGAUACAAAGUUGUCCUGAAUUGAGAACUUGCAUCUUCCCCCAUGCCAUGGUUACGAGCUUGCCAAAGCUGAGGAGACUUGUGAUUGAGGGUUGCGGCAAAGUGAAAUGGUUAUUCUCUUAUUCUUUGGCUUCUCAUUGUCCGUCCUUGGAGGAGAUAAUUAUAGCCAAUUGCUUUGAGCUUGAGAGGCUCAUUGAUGAAGAAGCUGCACUUGGGGAUCCAUUACUUCAUGACAUGCAAUACUGUCAUCCACAUGGAAAGGAAACUGACAGUGCUUAUGUGGGCGUUACAGCAAAAAGAUUCAAUCAGUUGCAAAAUCAGCAAUCCUUGAUCCUUUUUCUCAGGUUGAAAAGUCUACAAAUUAAAGGAGUGGAAAAAAGAAAGUUGCAACAGAGUGAGAUGGUUGUUAUCUUAUUCUCUUGCAUCUCAUUGUCCUUCACUGGAGGCUAUACGGAUACGCAUUGCUCUGAAUUUGAGGGGCUGAUUAAUGAAGAAGCUGCACUUGGAGAUCAUCCACAGCAACCUUUGAUCCGAAAUUGUUCUGAACUUGAGAGGCUUGCUGAAGAAGCAUCAUAUGGGGAUCGGCUACCACUUCUCAAACUGAAGUACUUACGCUUGUUGUCAUUGCCGAAAUUGAGAGAGAUCUUCCCUCACAAACAUGAGAAUGACACAGUGAGGGUGGUGAAGUCAGAAUUGUGUUCCAUGGAGUUAGUAAAUCUACCGGAAUUAGAAUAUAUUUGGAAAGAUCCCAUACAAAUUUUGAGCUUCUAUAGACUUAAAGAGAUUAGACUGUGGGGAUGCCCAAGAUUAAGAAAUGUGUUCACUCUUGCUAUUGUUACAAGCCUUCCUGAGUUGAGGGAACUUGAAGUAAGAGGAUGCAAGGAAUGGGAGGGAAUAUUCUGUGAAGAGUCACUUAAGAAUCUGUCUACUACUUCCACUGUUUCCUUCCCCAAACUUGAGACCAUUCGUAUAUAUGAUUGCCACAAAGUGAGAAGGGUGUUCUCAUAUUCUCUGGCAUCUCAUUGUCCUUCAUUGGAUACAAUAACCAUAUGGAAUUGCUGUCAACUGGAGAGGGUUGUUGAAGCUUAUGAAGGUGAAAACAUUGUCCAAACAUAUCAAAAAUCUCAAUAA